AUGGUGCUGCUGUGGGAAGGAGCAGCUCGGUGCUGCCGGACCCCACCCCAGCACGGUUUAAAUCCCGGUCCUGGGGCCCAGCCCCAGCUCGGCUCCCCGACGGCAGCGCCAUGCCCGGCUGGCGCAGCCUCCUCCUGCUGCUCCUGGCGCUGUCCGUGGAGCUCCCGCCCGCCCCGGCCCAGCAGCACCGCACCAGGCACCGGGGCGCUGCCCCCUCGCUCACUGCGGCACCGCGCCGGGCCCCGCGGCUUUGGCGGCCCCCCGCUGCCCUGCCUGCCCCCGGCAAGGGGAGCGAGUGCCCGGCGGGGGGGAGCGGGGCGCCCCGCGGGCCCGGGCUCUGCUGCCUCUCGGACCGCGGCUGCCCUGGAGCCCAGGGGCGCUGCCCUCGCCGCCCGCUCCGGACCUGCCUCCUGCCCAGCGCAGGUACCACGGGGCCGGGCGGGAGGCGGGCGGGGGCCGGGGCCCGUGUUGGGAUCCCCGUUGCCGGGCACGCGGCAUCACCCCCAGAGCCCCGGCUGCUGCCCCCGCACCGGCAGCGCCAGGAGCUGCCGCAAGGGCUCCGCCUGCAGCCCCGGCCAGGAGCGCUGCACCCGCGGCUGCUGCGCCCGCUGCCUGCGCACGGGGCCGGCCAAGCCUGGGCUUUGCCCGCGGAAGCGUGUCCAGAGGAGCGCCGUUGCCUGCUCCAGCCGCUGCGCUCAUGACCGGGACUGCUCUGGGAACCGCAAGUGCUGCUUCUCCCGCUGCGGGCUGGCCUGUGCCUCCCCGGACAGAGUGAGCCGCCUCACUGCUGUGAAGCCUGGCACGUGCCCUGUGGUGCUGCGGGGGUCCCUGGGACCCUGCCUGGAGCUGUGUGACACCGACAGUGACUGCCCCGGGGCUGCCAAGUGCUGCACCACCGGCUGCGGACACAUCUGCAAACCACCCACCGAGGUGCGUCCUGGGCUCUGUCCCCCCAUGGCUGAUGGGGACCGGGCAGCCGAGUGCCUCCUGCUGUGCCUGCAGGACCGGGAUUGUCCCCGCGAGCAGAAGUGCUGCCUGCGGGGCUGCGGCCGGACCUGCAUCCCCCCGCUGCAAGGCACAGCCUAGCCCUGGCUGGGAAGGGCUGCACCAGGAGCUGGGUGCCAGAGCCGCUGUCAUCGCACCCUGUGGGUGAGCAAAGAGCUGCUGC